AUGCCGAUGGGCGACAGCGGAGGACUCGCUGCGCCGAUGGCGCUCACUCGUGCGCUGCCGACGUGGGUGGUGGAGGUGUCGCGGCACCGCGAGCCGAGCAGAGACGCGGUGCUGGCGGCCGUCGAGCACGUCGCCGCUGAACCCGCCAGCAUUCUGCUCGUCCACGUCAUCACCGAGGUUCCCUGCGGACGCAACCGGACGGUGGCGGCGAGCGAGGCGGAAGCGAAGGCAGCGACGGAGCACGCGAAGAAGCUCGUCGACGUGCUCCUCGAGCCGCUCCUCGCGCACGCGCCGUGUUCCGCGGUGGUGGAGCUCAACGACUCGCGCCACGACGGCCUCGUCGCCGCCGCCAGACGCGCAGCGGCGGAUCGCGUUUACAUGGGCGCAAAGAAGAAGCUGCUGGGGUGGUCGGCGUCGGCCACCGUCGCGCAGUGCCAGGCGAGUCUGCCGCCCGCCUGCCGCCUCUUCAUCGCGCAGGGCGGCUCGCGACUGCAGCGCCUACACGCCGCGGGGAAGGCCCACUCCGCCCACCCCAUCCCCCCCCCGUUUUACACCUUCCCUUCCUCCGCCUCCGCGCCUUCCUCCGCCACGCCUCUCCCCGCUGUCCCUUCCGCUUCCCCAGCCGCCUCAGCCGCCUCCGGCCCCCGCGUGCCGCCGCGCGCCAUCCCCCCCUCGUUCUCCUCCGUCUCCCUCCCCCUGCAAGCCCCCGACGCCGCGCUCCCCUCCCCCUCCUCGCUCUCCUCCACCUCCGGGCGCUUUCCCCCCUCCGCGCAGGGCCAAAUGGAAUCCGCGCAGCAGCAGGUGGGGGCGGCUAGAGAGGCGCCGGGGAACGCGGAAGAGAGCAGGCAAGGGGACGGGUGGGUUGCGCACGCGCGCGGGCAUAGGUCAGUGUCGUGCGGGGGCGGGGAGGACGCGGACUCGGGGCUGCUGGCGCAGCAGCUGCAGGAGCUGAGCGCGCAGGCGGCGCAGGGGGGGGGCGGGGCGAGCCGGGCGGAGUUGGAGCGGCAGCUGCAGCAGGUGGUGGCGCUGCAGCAGCGCAUUCAGCAGCAGCUCAGCGGCAGCCCGCUCCCCGCGCCUUACGCCGGUAGCAAUGGCUCCUCGCCCAGCGCUUCCCCCACUAGCCAGGGUUCCGCGUAUGGCGCACCGGGCAUGGGCAUGGGCGCGGGCAUGGGCGGGGGCAUGGGCAUGGGAAUGCGCGCGGGGUUGAGUCUGUCGCAGGACGGCGACUACCCCGUGUCGCCAGGGUCGCUGUCGCAAGGCCACGCCACGUCGCCCCUGGGCCCCGGGUUCAAGCCCCCCCGCUCCCCUGCUGGGGGAGCGCGCGCAGCCGUCGCGGGCAGCGGGGGCAUGGCGGGCGCUGCGCCAUUCGCCGUGUCCCCCGACCUGACUUCCGCCGCGUCGCAGCAGCGCCAUUUCCCGCGCAUGCACUCCGCGCCCACCCACUCCGCGCCCACCCACUCCGCCGCCGCCGCUGCCGUGGCGGCUGUGGCAGGCGCGCAGGGGGACGCGGGGACGGCCCCCAGCAGCACGGGCAGCUCCCCCUCCACGUCCAUGGAGCGCCGCCUGCUGCCCCCCCGCCGCCCCUCCUUCGACGCGCGCGCCCUCGCCGGCCCCGCUGCAGCCGCGCCACCUUCGCCAGUGGCGGGCGCAGCAGUGGGGGGCGCAGCGGGCGCGCGGAGGGGCGGGGGGUCGCUGUCGCGCGUGCGGAGCUACGAAACGCUAAUGGCGCUGAGGGAAGAGGAGGGCGAGGGGCACGGGGGAGGGGCGGAAGGCGAGGAGGGCGAGGGCGAGGAGGGCGAGGAGGGCGAGGAGGGCGAGGAGGGCUCGGAGGUGGGGCAUGGGCGGUCGCUGGCGGACGAGCUGGCGGCGCUGGCGGCGGAGGAUGAGGGGGGCGAGGGGGGGGAGGGGGGCGAGCGCAAGGGGUCGAGUGAGAGCUGGCGGGGGCGUGCUGUGAGCAGCAACCGCGGGGCGGGCAGUGCAGCGGGCAGCAGCUUUGGCAGCGACGCCGAGGCAGCAGCUUGGGCAGCUGGGCGCAACGGGACGCCCAACCCCCGCACCCCCGACAGCACGGCACCGCUGCCCCCCUCACUGGCCCUCACCCAGUCCGGCGGUCUCCCCCAGAGCGGCAGUCUGCCCCAGUCGGGCAGCAUCCCGGGGUCGGGGGGGCUGCAGGCAGGCAGCAGCAUCGCCAGCACCGACACCUUCCUGCCUCUCGACAGCUUCGAGUCCUCCGAAGCUUCCCAGAACCUGCAGCCGGCGCGGCAGCCGUCGCGGUUCCAGCACCUGUCGGCGAUGGCGCAGCGCCACGGGCAGUCGCAGGGGCCGCUGCUGGCCGCCGCCUCGCACGGCCCGCUGCACGCGCACUCCCACGGCGCCUCCUUCGGCCGCGCCGCCUACAGCAGCGGCCAGCUCGGCGCGGGCGGCGGCGGAGCGGGCGGCGACGGGUUUGACUGCCGGCAGUUCACGGCGCAGCAGCUGGCGCGCGCCACGGGGGGGUACGCCAAGGAGAACCUUCUGGGAAGGGGGUCGUUCGGGCAGGUGUUCAAAGGCGAGAUGCUGGGCUGCAAGGUGGCGGUGAAGCGCCUGGAGGGGCAGGGGUGGCAGGGGCCGGACGAGUUCCGCGUGGAGGUGGAGGUGCUGAGCCGCAUGCGCCACCCCAACAUCGUGCUGCUCAUGGGCUGCUGCACCGACGAGAUGGCUCUCGUCUACGAGUUCCUCCCGGGCGGCACGCUACAGGACAAACUGGGCCCGCCCAAGGGGUCGGCGGCGGUGCCGCUGAGCUGGGCGGACCGGCUGCGCAUCGCAGCGGAGAUGUCGUCGGCGCUGCUGUACCUGCACCAGAACGACCCGCCCAUCGUGCACCGCGACUUAAAGCCCGACAACAUCCUGCUGGACGGGCACCUGGCGAGCAAGAUCGGCGACGUGGGGCUGGCACGGCUGCUGGAGGCGGACGGGGCGACCACCAUGAAGGUGCGCGGCACGGCGGGGUACAUCGACCCCGAGGAGGUGGAGACGUGUGAGAUCAGCGUGCUCAGCGACGUGUACGCGCUGGGGCUCAUCCUGCUGCAGCUGCUCACGGGGCAGAGGAGCGUCAAGGCCGUGCACCGCAUGCUGGCCGAGGCCGCCACCAAGGGCCGUGCGCGCCCGGGGGACGUGGGGCCGGGCGGCGCGAGCCGGGCGGCGGUGGCGGUGGUGAUGCGGUAUCUGGACACGGCGGGCGGCGAGUGGCGGGCGGAUCUGGUGGAGCAGGUGGUGGGCGUGGCGCUGCGCUGCGCUGAGCGGCGGCGGGCGAAGCGGCCGGAGCUGGUGGGGGAGAUCCACCCGCUGCUGGUGAGAGUGGCGGCGGAGGCGGAGGCGGAGGUGAAGCAGCGCAAGCAGCAGAUGGACGAGCAGUUCCUCUGCCCCAUCUCCAAGGUACGCCACUGUGUCUCUAGGCCCUUUUCUUCCAAGCCGCCUAGCAGUUCCUCCUCUUCCCUCCCUCUCUGCACCUCCCCUCCACCCACCCCCCAUUCACAUUCCCCCCUCCCCCGCACUUGCGUCCCUCCUCUCUGCCCAUCUCAGGAGGUGAUGCGGGAGCCGGUGGUGGCGGCGGACGGGUUCACGUACGAGAGGGAGCACAUGGAGCGGUGGAUGGCGUCGUGCACGCUCUCCCCCGCCACGGGGCAGCCCCUCGCGCACUCCAGCCUCACCCCCAACAACGUCCUCAAAAACCUCAUCGCCUCCCACCGCCAGCGCUGA